AUGCAUUUGUUUAAAACUGUGCUAUUAAAUGCAAUUUCUGUUGCCGCUAUAGUACCGAAUGUUAAUAUUCGUCAACAGAACAAUCGAGAUCUUGAAUCAAAUCUCGAGUCAAUAUCAUUGCCCAAUUUAUUGACACUCGAAAGUAUAUCACAAAUAUCCAACUAUGAGACCAACGGUAUCACAUUUGACCAAGGAAGACUAUUGAUGAAACAGCAGGGCCUACUCUGGUCAAAGUCCUUCAUCCCUUCGAAGGAGUUCACUGCUGAAAUUGUCUUCAGAUCAUCAGGUAAAUCACAAGAUAUUCAAUUUUUGGAUAAUGGAUUGAAUGUAUGGCUUUUGGACGAUAGGAAAAGUCAAGGCUUGGACGCAUAUGAUGGGUUCAAAUUUGCAAUCAACAAUGUGGAUACACAAGGAUUGAAGAUUUUCAACAACGACGGAGCCAAGAAUGCUGAAAAUGGAAUUGAUGUCAGCAUUGGCGAUUGUCAAUUUAGAUAUUUGGAGAGUGACGUUCCAUUCACAUUGAGAAUAUCAUACAGUGAUAACUGGUUUAAAGUACAGGUUGACAAUAACCUAUGUUUCAAAACUGACAAAAUCAAAUUUCCUCAGAAUCAAAAUUUCAAAUUGGGUAUCACCAGUAAUACAAACCCUCAGUCUCAAGAGACUUUUGAAAUUUUGGCUAUCAAAGUAUGGAACAAAUUAACUGGGGAUGCAGUUGAUGAUCAUGGAUUAAUGGUUGAUGGUGAAUUGAAAGUGGAUGUUAAGAAAAUUGUUGAUGAAUCGCAAUUGAAUCAAGAUGAUCACCACGUAAAACCAAAGGUGCUUAGAGAAUCCUUAAUGGAAAGAGCUAGAAAGCAUAGAGAAGAGAUGGAAAGGUCACAACAACAAGAUAAAUCAGAUCAGGCAAGUCAAAGUCACGAUUUGCUGUUGGUUCUCAACAAACUAAACCAUUUGGAGUAUUUAGUCAAUGACUUACCAAAAAAUUUUAACCCGUCUUCUUCAGGAAGUCAAAACGACCAAGUUAAUAUAUUGUCUCAGUCUCGGAAUGAUAUAAAUAGUGCUAUCAAAGAAACACGUGACACAAUCAAUGAUUUGAAAGAGACGUUUGUUCAGCAAUACGCCCAAUUACUUCAAGCUGUAUCAGACCUUAAUCAUAAAGUUAUUGGUGAAGUUAGGGAGCAACAUUACAGCACGGAAGAAAUUGGCAAAAAAGUAGAUUUGUUAAUGAAUGAACAUAAGGAAGUCAAACAUCAAUACCAAAAACAAAAUGAACAGUUGGGUCAAAAAUCAUCACAUGUUGUUUCUCCAUCAGAUUCGACAUUUGAUAAAUUGAUUAGAUGGAUAUUUAUCCCCUUGAUGAUAGUAUUGCUUGCGUUGGUUGUGUUUGUUUAUCGUCUCAGACAUGACAUCAAGCAUUCGAAACUUUUAUAG